AUGAUACCUCUGCUUUGACUUGACUUAAAAUGAGGCUGUGUCUUCUAAGUUACUUGAAGUACUUUAGGACAUGAGAAAUUAGUGCAAUUUUAAAGCAUGGCCUGAAUGAUUCAGUGAUUAUCAAGUCAAACUACAAAUGUAAAAGGUUGCUACCGUUGUCAAAUAGGUCAAAGAGACUCUCCAAGGUGACUAACUGGCGGCCGUCACCACCUGACUUCAUUUUGUUUGGCUACUUUGCUCUCCUGUGCAGUGUUAAGAGUCUGCCUAAUGAGGAAAAAUCUGAAGACAUAAAAUCUACACUCAAGGAACAUGUCACUUAGCACCUUCACUUUUUGAUCCCUAGAGAAGACAAUGAGAAGUCAGACGGCAACAAUGAUGACAGCUUCAGUCAGCAGCUGGCCUUGCUCCUCCCAGGGAGUGUACUUUACAACUAAUCACAGCGUCCCACUGCCACACAACUUCUCAGGAGCAUCAAAUUCUACUGUCUGUUUCAUAGAUGAAAAAUUACUCUCUAGUGUGUUAACAACAUUCUACUCCGUUAUUUUCGUCAUGGGUCUGGUUGGAAACAUAAUUGCCCUCUAUGUAUUUCUGGGUAUCCACCACAAAAGAAAUUCCAUUCAGAUUUACCUACUCAAUGUAGCCAUCGCAGACCUCUUACUUAUUUUCUGCCUCCCUUUCCGAAUAAUGUAUCACAUUAACCAAAACAAGUGGACACUGGGUGUGAUUCUUUGCAAGGUUGUGGGGACACUAUUUUAUAUGAACAUGUACAUUAGCAUUAUUUUGCUAGGUUUCAUCAGUUUGGAUCGCUACAUAAAAAUUAAUCGGUCUAUACAACAACGGAAGGCAAUAACAACCAGACAGAGUAUUUAUGUGUGCUGUACAGUAUGGAUAAUUGCUUUUGCUGGAUUUUUAAUUAUGAUUAUUUCAACCCUUAGGAACGGAGGUCAUAAUUCCACAAUGUGUUUCCAUUAUAGAGAUAAGCAUAAUGCAAAAGGAGAAGCAAUUUUUAACAUCAUUCUUGUGGUAAUGUUCUGGCUUAUUCUCUUACUAAUAAUCCUCUCGUAUAUUAAGAUUGGCAAGAAUCUACUGAGGAUUUCUAAAAGGAGGUCAAAAUUUCCUAAUUCUGGUAAAUAUGCCACUACAGCCCGGAAUUCUUUUAUUGUACUUAUCAUUUUUACUGUAUGUUUUGUUCCCUAUCAUGCCUUCCGAUUUGUCUAUAUUUCUUCACAGCUAAAUAUGUCGCCUUGCUAUUGGAAGGAAAUCGUUCACAAAACCAAUGAGAUCAUGCUGGUUUUCUCAUCUUUUAAUAGCUGUUUAGAUCCAGUCAUGUAUUUCCUGAUGUCCAGUAACAUUCGCAAAAUAAUGUGCCAACUUCUUUCUAGACGAUUUCAAGGGGAAGCAAGCAGGAGUGAAAGCACUUCAGAAUUUAAACCAGGAUACUCCCUGCAUGAUACAUCUGCUGCAGCUAAAAUUCAGCCUACUUUUUAAAGCACUUACGUUAAACAUAUUAAAAAGAAUGAUACAGUACAGCCUAAUUCCUUGGAGAACAAAAAAUUAUGAAACAAAGCUCUAUCAUUUACAGAGCUCAGAUUCUCCCGAAGUUCU